UUGGUCUCUCCAUUUUUGUUCGCUUUCUCAUUAUCUCUCACUCGUUCCCCUCUCACCCUUUACUCUCUCUCUCUCUCUCUUCGUUUCCAACGUCACUCAACUGCGGAUCCCGCCAUGGAUCUGUGGUCCGUUCACGUUAAGAACAACGUCACCAGAGCGGCCCCCUUUCUGCCCAGAAACUCCUUCUCCGAGAAACCCAUUUCCUGGAACUGCGGAAAGCGCAGGCCUUUGUGGCUCCGACUUGAAGAUGGUGGGAGGGUGUUCGACGUUCGGGACUUGAAUUCGAAGCCGCGCAGGGAUGCUUUGGUGGUCAGAGCCAUGGGCAAGAAGAACAACAAUCAGGGCAAUUCCUCCAACUCUUCUUCUUCCUCGGGAAAUGAUGACCACUCUAUUCCAGAAGGAGAUGGUGCAAAAGAAAACAACUCUGAAAAAAGCAAAGACACUUCUUCCCAGAAAAGUUAUCAUACAAAUUUGGAUUGGAGAGAGGUCAGAGCAAUGUUUAUUCGCAGGGAGCAGGCUGAAUCUGAUCCUCAGUACCAGUCGAAACCUCUUGGCGAGAAGUGGGCUCAUCCCCUUGUAGUACCUGAGACAGGCUGUAUCCUUGUUGCAACAGAAAAGCUUGACGGAGUGCGCACCUUUGAAAGGACUGUUGUUCUCCUCCUCCGAUCAGGAAACAGACACCCAGAAGAGGGACCAUUUGGUGUUGUUAUCAACAGGCCACUACACAAAAAGAUUAAACACAUGAGACCCACAAAUCUUGAUCUUGCAACCACAUUCUCUGAUUGCUCUCUGCAUUUUGGUGGGCCUCUAGAGGCAAGCAUGUUCUUGUUGAAAACAGGGGGAAGGUCAAAGCUUCCCGGGUUUGAAGAGGUGAUCCCUGGUCUUUGUUUUGGUGCCCGUAACAGUCUGGAUGAAGCUGCUGGUCUAGUGAAGAAAGGGCUUCUUAAGCCUCAAGAUUUCAGAUUUUUUGUUGGCUAUGCAGGGUGGCAGCUGGACCAGUUGACAGAGGAGAUUGAAUCCGAUUAUUGGUAUGUGGCUGCUUGCAGCCCUAAUUUGAUAUAUGGAGCUUCAUCAGAUUCUUCGUCAGAAAGUUUGUGGGAGGAAAUCCUGCAGCUAAUGGGUGGCCAGUAUUCUGAAUUGAGUCGAAAGCCUAAGCAAGAUAUGUAGUUAAAUUAUGAGCCUGUUGGUGCUCUGAAAAUAAAAACUAGCCCUGUAGUUCAAGCGAGUCAUGUAAUCAAUGUAAAUGUGAAGCCAAUUUGUACAGUGAGUUCGCUGGCUUUUCAGAUAGUAGAUCUUGUUCCACUUCGUUUUCUUUUCCUCA